GUGAAAGUAAAUGAGAAGCAGAGGUUCUGCGCAAACUUUCUCUUGCUCUUCACAAAACAUUCUACACAGCUGCACUGAGGCACCCUUUUGUCGUAAAAGAAAAAAGUACAAGCAUAAUCAGAUAUGGCGUCCUUGAACAGUCUGCUGCCUGAGGAGCAAUUCCAGUGCUCUAUCUGUCUGGAUGUUCUCACUGAUCCGAUCACCACUCCAUGUGGACACAACUUCUGCCAGGCCUGUAUCAGCAGGUACUGGAAAAGCACUGAACAGUGCCAGUGUCCAAUGUGUAAGGAGACCUUUGACAAAAGGCCUAAGCUCAAAAUCAACACAACACUCCGAGAGGUUGUGAAUCAUUUUAAGGGGAUACAAGUCAGAGACAGAGAUGAGUCCCCUGCUGCGCCUGGAGAAGUGGUCUGUGAUGUCUGCACUGUGACGAAGCUCAAGGCCCUGAAGUCCUGCAUGGAGUGUCUGACCUCUUUCUGUGAGACUCAUCUGCAGCCUCAUCAGAUAGCCCCAGCCCUGAAGAGACACAAGUUGAUCAACCCUGUGGAGAACCUGGAAGACAGGAUGUGCAAGAAGCACAAGAAACCCCUGGAUCUGUUCUGUAAGACUGACCAAAUGUGUGUGUGUCAGUUCUGCACUGUGACAGACCACAAGGGCCAUCACGCCGUCCCUCUGAGGAAGGAGUUCGGAGAGAAGAAAGCUGAGCUGGGAAAGAGAAAGAAUCAAGUGCAGCAGAUGAUCCAGAAGUGCCUACAGAAGGUUAAAGAGAUCAAACACUCAGCGGAGCUCAGCAACAGAGAUGCAGAGAGAGAGAGAGAAGAAAGCGAACAGGUCUUCACCACUCUAGUCCGCUCCAUGCAGAGAAGCCAGGCUGAGGUGUCUAAGAUGAUUGGAGAGAAGCAGAAAGCAACCAUGCGGCAGGCUGAGGGGCUCAUUAAAGAGCUGGAGCAGGAAAUCACUGAGCUACAGAGGAGACACUCAGAGCUGGAGCAGCUCUCACACUCUAAGGAUCAUCUCCACCUCCUCCAAAGCUUGCCAUCCCUGUGCCCCCUUACAUCCACCAAGGACUGGUCUGAUGUCAGUAUAACCCGGAACCAGAGCAAGUGGAAUGUGCAGAAAGACAUAUCCCAACUGGAUAAAAAGGUGAAGAGAGCACUUUCUGAACUUGAGGAGAAAUUGAAUAAUGUAUUGGAGAAGUCAAAGGGUGAUGAGCUGAAGAGGAUGCAGCAGUAUGCAGUGGAUGUCACUAUGGACCCUGAUACAGCACAUCCCCUUAUCAUUGUAUCUGGCAAUGGGAAACUAGUGAGAACAGGUCACUUUGAACAGAACCACUUCUACAACCUAAAGAGGUUUAGAAGUCGUGUAGCUGUUUUGGCAAAGGAGGGCUUCUCCUCUGGGAGAUUCUACUAUGAGGUGCAGGUGAAGGGGAAGACUGGGUGGAAUGUAGGAGUGGCCAAAGAGUCGAUUAAUAGAAAGACAGUUGGAUUAUACCCAGAGCAAGGAUUCUGGACCAUGUGGUUGUCUUUUCAGGUUGACUAUGAGGCCUGCACAGACCCCCAUACCCCCCUCUCACUGAAGAGCAAGCCGGAGAAGUUGGGGGUGUUUGUGGAUUAUGAGGAGGGUCAAGUCUCCUUCUAUGAUGUGGACACCAGGUCUCAUAUCUUCUCUUUCACCGGCUGCACCUUUACAGGGAAGCUCUAUCCAUACUUGAACCCCUUUGAUGAUUAUGAUGGCUCAAAUUCAGCACCAAUGAUCAUCACCCCUGUUAACCAGACACUCUGAGGGUGACAUUGUGACAGUGCUAAAAUGGGGGCAUUUGUAAUACUGAUCCAAAUGGUAAUUUAAAGUAACCCAUAACCUUUUAGGACACAUACAUAAUAUUUGUAUUACUUUUAUCAGACCUACUAACCUGCUUGUAUUUAAUACGUUUUUGUCAGCUAACAUUGUUUGACGGUGAAAUGUAAAGCUUUCAUUGGAUUGAAUUUGGUUUCCUGAUCUAAUGGAAACACUGUGACCAUUGUGAAACUGACCCAGUGAACUUAUAGUGAACUCAGAAAUGUGUAUUUGAGUAUCUGGUAUUAAAAGGUCCAAUGCAGUUUUUA